UUUUAGCCUCACUCAUACAGGUGAUGUGAGACGUGUGCAGGCAGCUUCUCAUAAAUUCUCUUUCUGUGCCGGGCACAGAAACGUUAGGAUUUGUAUCAAAGCGACAGAUCUGUCAUGUAGGAUUUAUUGUCAUUCGCAUUGACAGCUGAGACAUUAUGACCUGGACAGACCCUCUUACCCUCUUUCGCAAUGGCUGGAAGAGACACAAGGACAGAGAUGGACCUAUCAGGAAGGUGGUCUCCAACCUGCUGUUUGAAGACCUGAAGAAACGAGACCAGCCCAACCGCCAGUAUGCGGGCAAUGCCAUCAAAACCAACAAAUACAGACUUUGGUCGUUUAUUCCCAUGAACUUAUUUGAGCAGUUUCACCGUAUGGCCAACCUUUAUUUCGUGGGCCUCGCCAUCUUGAAUUUCGUCCCGGUGGUGAAUGCGUUCCAGCCGGAGGUGGCUCUCAUUCCCAUUUGUAUUAUCCUGUCACUGACCGCUGUUAAGGAUGGUUGGGAAGACUUCCGGAGGUACCAGGCUGACCAAAAGCGCAACAAUACGCCUUGCUUUAUAUUCAGCAGGAAGCAGAUGUGCUUUGUGGAGAGGAGAUGGAAGGAUGUUCGGGUGGGAGAUUUUGUGAGAGUGCUCUCUAAUGAGAUCAUCCCAGCUGACAUCCUCCUCCUGCACACAUCUGACCCUAAUGGAGUGUGCCACAUGGAAACAGCCAAUCUGGAUGGAGAGACCAACCUUAAACAGAGGAGGGUGGUGCCGGGCUUUUCUACUCUGGGAGAACCAUUUCAGCCCUUAAUCUUUGACAGUACUGUAGUGUGUGAAAACCCUAACAACAACCUCAACCUGUUCAAAGGUUAUUUGGAGAGACCUGAUAAGAGGAGAACAGGAUUUGGCAUUGAUAGUGUUCUGCUGCGUGGGUGCACGGUGAGAAAUAAUGAUGGUGCUGUUGGGAUAGUGGUGUACGCAGGACAUGAGACCAAAUCCAUGUUGAACAACAGCGGGCCCAGGUACAAACGCAGCAAGAUUGAGAGGAAGAUGAACACAGAUGUUUUCUUCUGCGUCGUUCUUCUAUUUUUCAUGUGUCUCAUAGCAGCUCUAGGUCAUUCGAUUUGGUUGGAAACUUUUACCACCAUGCCCCCGUAUAUCGUCCCUGACAGUAAUGGCAAUUACAUUCCUUCAACACUGGCAGGAUUUUACAUGUUCUUCACUAUGAUUAUCUUACUACAGGUCAUGAUUCCUAUAUCGUUGUAUGUGUCAAUUGAGCUGGUGAAGAUUGGUCAGAUCUUCUUCAUCACUCAGGAUGUUGAACUCUAUGAUGAGGAGCUGGAUAUCCCUGUCCAGUGUCGUUCUCUGAACAUCACAGAGGACCUGGGACAGAUCCAAUAUGUCUUUUCAGAUAAGACAGGGACCCUCACAGAAAACAAGAUGGUUUUUCGGCGUUGCACCAUCAUGGGGACUGAAUACUGUCAUGCUGAGAAUGCUGCGCGCUUGGCAGUUCUCAAUGGAGCAAAUGAAGAGGAGGAGGUCACCAUCUACCAGCAAACAAAACUUCCUCCAGUCUUCCAUCUGGAUGAAUUACAAGACAGCUACACACACAGCAAAAAUUACACCAACACUCAAAUCACAGCUGCCAAUCGCCACAGAUCUAAAGCUGCUGCAGGUGCUCAAGGUGACAUGGCCUUCAGCAGUACUCUGGAAACCGUAGUGGUUCCAGACAGAAAGUUGAUGCUGGAAGUGGACCGUCAAAUGGCGAGCAUCCAGACCGGGCCCUACCUGGACUUUUUCCUGUCCUUGGCCAUCUGCAACACAGCGUUGGUUUCCACAGUAACAUCCCAGAGACAAAGGGUCAAAGGAAAACGUAACUCCUCAUACUCAGGCGGUUCAUUUUCUACGUUGCGGGAUUGGUUCAGAAAGGCUUCUCCGAGAAAGACGUUUACUUUCAUGAAGUUCUCCAAGGGAAGGGAGGGAAAACUGGCAGAUCCAUUUGUCAAAGAUGAAGACGACCCCGACAUCCUGCACAGUCCCAGCGUGUCGGACGUCACAGAACAUCGUCCAUACUUCAUCACAAGAGAGAAGGUCACAUCAGGUGUAAGCCAAGAUAAACGCUGUCUGGCGGGGUCAGACGAGGUUUGUUAUGAAGCCCACAGUCCAGAUGAGGCCGCACUAAUACAUGCAGCUAAGGCUUAUGGGUUUACCAUGGUGGAACGGACUCCACAUUAUGUGACCGUCAAGCUACCUGACAAUACACUAUUGAAGUUUGAGGUGUUGGAUGUUUUGACCUUUGACUCCACCCGAAGGAGGAUGUCCAUAAUAGUUCGUCACCCACACACCAAUGAAAUCAUCAUGUAUACUAAAGGGGCGGAUUCAGCCAUCAUGGAAAGACUUGGGAAUGAUUCUUCAAACUUGUCGCAAGCAGAAAAAGACAUUGCUUUGAAAACCCAGAAGGACCUUGACAUGUAUGCUGGGGAUGGAUUACGAACGCUGUGUUUUGCCAAGAAGGUUAUCAGUGAAGAAGACUACAGGACCUGGUCUGCUAUCAGACAGGAGGCAAUUUCAGCCAUUGAUGAGAAAGAAGAACGACUUAUGGAGAGCGCUAUCUACAUAGAGAAAAACUUCACCCUGCUGGGGGCUACAGGGAUUGAGGACCGCCUCCAAGAGCACGUUCCAGAAACCAUCCAGGCUCUGAGACAGGCUGGCAUGCAGGUGUGGGUGCUGACAGGGGACAAACCUGAGACGGCUAUCAACAUCGCAUACUCUUGCAAGCUGCUGGAUCAUGAAGACCUGGUGGUCACCUUCACCACAAUGAAGAAGUCCGUGUGUAAAAUGAGAUUAGAAGACACGCUGGGAGAGGUAAGACGGAGAACUCUAUCAGCCGAAAUGGAUACGCAGUUCAGGGGUCAUAACUUCACAUUUACUGGGCCGCUGAUGGAGCCCAGCAUUGGUCUGGUGAUAGAUGGGUCGACCUUACACAUGGCAAUGUCAGACGAACUGGUGGACCGGUUUGUGGAGCUUUGCAAACACUGCCGGGCGGUGCUUUGCUGCAGAGUGACGCCGCUGCAGAAGAGCGCUGUGGUUAAACUGAUACGGCACAAAUUAAGGGUCAUGACCCUCGCCAUAGGUGAUGGUGCCAAUGAUGUCAACAUGAUUCAGGCUGCAGACGUUGGCAUUGGAGUUUCUGGACAAGAAGGGAUGCAGGCGGUGAUGGCCAGUGAUUUUGCUAUCACUCGCUUCAAACACUUAAAGAGACUGUUGCUCGUUCACGGACACUGGUGCUACUCAAGACUGGCCAAUAUGGUCAUCUAUUUCUUCUACAAAAAUGUGGCGUAUGUGAACCUUCUGUUCUGGUAUCAGUUCUUCUGUGGGUUCUCAGCCACGGCUAUGAUUGACUACUGGCUAAUGAUAUUCUUCAACCUCAUCUUCACCUCUGCCCCUCCCAUUAUGUUUGGAAUUAUGGACAAAGAGGUGUCAGACUCCACCCUAAUGAGUCUACCUGAGCUAUACAGGAGAGGACAGCACACAGAGGGAUACAAGCGUUCAACGUUUUGGAUUGCUAUUCUUGAUGCCUUUUAUCAGAGUCUAGUUUGCUUCUUCAUUCCUUACUGGACGUACAACGGUUUAGACAUUGGCAUAUUCUCAUUUGGUACUCCUAUGAACACGAUUUCUCUGUUCACCAUCAUCCUGCAUCUGGCGAUUGAGAUAAAGAGCUGGACAGUGGUACACUGGGUGAUCAUGAUAGGCAGUGUGCUUGUGUACUUCAUGGUGACUCUGGCCUACAGUGCCAUCUGCAUCAGCUGCAACCCUCCAUCUGACCCCUACUGGAUCAUGCACGUUCAAAUGGCCGAUCCAAUGUUCUACCUCGUCUGCAUUUUAACCACUGUUGUUGCUUUGCUGCCACGGUACACCUAUCAUGUCCUAAGGGGAACGCUGGCUCCCUCCUCUCACCUCAGCGCGCGGCAGCUCGAGCGCCUUUCCCCCUCCCACCGCGCGCAGAAGAUCAGAGAGUGGCGUGGCCUGCGAGACACGUGCGCCUCUCCUUCACACGCAUCCUCUCCGUGCGCUAGCGCGUGAACUACACACCAGCACGCCACACACACUACUGUUAAAUAAGAGAGCGAAAACAUGGAAAAACUUGAAUGUUUCAUUAUAGAAACCUGCUAAAGGGCACAAGUAAAACUGAUAUGUAUGUUUUGCACACAUCGAUGCACCAACGAAAAGUGUCGGGGCGGCACGAGCUCGUGUUGGUUUAGCCCAGGAAUAAUUUAAAUGCAUUGAAGCUGUGCAUUUCAAUUUUGAAUCCUAACAAAGCAUCUGCAUAAACAUCACACGUUGCCUAUGCUGUGUUUCAAUUCACACUAAUACACCUGAAUAUUUUUUCUCAGCAUGACAGCAUCUGAAUCUUUAAUUUAAAGUGUUUGAAACCUACUUACUGUUGUUAUGCAGACAUUUGUAUGCUCUCAUCUAAUAAUUGAGGUUUGCAGAUGUUACGUAAUUUCUCCGUUUGUAUUCAGAGCGCGUGCGUGGUGACAGAAACACGCGCAUCACUGUGCUAAUAAGGAGGCUGGAUCUUCUUGUCAUUUUUAUUCGUUAUACACGUCAUGGCUGUUGUAUUUGAACAAACGCAUGCUUGCGUCUGUCUGUCUGUCUGUCUGUCUGUCUGUCUGUCUGUCUGUCUGUCUGUCUGUCUGUCUGUCUGUCUGUCUGUCUGUCUGUGUCUGUGUGUAACAUGCACACAAACACAGAUGACAAGCUCGUGCGUCUGUAUUUGAAUAUUUAAUUGCGUCGCUGACGUGUGUGUGUGACGCUCUUCGCUCGUGAUGGGGUCAGUGAUGAUCUCACAGACAGAGAGAUCGAGUUUGUCUCUUUUCUGCAUCCUCGUAGCAUGUGUGUAACAUACUGCAGCCAAAGCUCAGUAUAUGUAUUUAAAAUAAAGGGUGUUGCAGAGGCAGAAGUCAUGUUUAUGUAAUGAUGUCAGGGCUGUUUCUGACGGAUACAUUCUGCUAUCUAGUGGUGAUAUGAUGAACUGCAAACAUGAUCAUCCAUUUAGGGAAAGAAACAAUACAAGAUGGUUGAAGUCUGAAUAUCAGAAGAGCAGAUCUUUUCUUUAAGAUCACAUUUCCCCAUUCCCUUAAUUAAAAUAAAUUCCCUUAAUUAUCUGUUCAUAUGUUUUAAAUGUGCAAAUCAGAGAUAAUUACUGUAUGCCAGAUGUAAAUGUUAUAUCAAAUAUAUAGGCUGAAAAAUGUAAUUUGUUUUUAUUGUGAUCAACCACCAAACAUUUAUUCUGUUAAAAUGUUGUUUAUUCAAUUUAAGAUUUACUAUAUGAAUUAGGUUUACAGGAACAAAAUGUCAUAUGAAC